AUGGCGACAUUGACUGCCGAUACAGCUACAAAGAUCUCGACGGAAGCAGCCGGAAUGUUUGUGGAUACUUAUUACCCCACCCUCAGCUCCUCGCGAGCCGACGUAGCCUCAUUCUAUAUGCCCGCAUCCGCCAUGCCCGACGGGAAACCACUACCCGUAAUCGUCUACAACGGGAAUAUCAUAUCAGACCCGACAGCGAUGCAGACGCUGUUCCAAGAACAAAUGCCAGAAGCCCGCUACGAGAUCCAGGACUACGACUGUCAGGUAGUGAACCCGCACUACGUUGCGGAAGGGACUCAAGGCAGCUCGCCCGCGUCUGGGAAGAAUAUGACGAUACUGGUGACUGUCAGUGGUCAUGUCAAGUUCGGGGAACCUCGUGCUGCAGCUAUCAGAGGAUUUAGCGAGAACUUUGUGCUCAUACCGAACCCGGCCGCGGCAACAAAUACUCGAGGGAAGCGUAUCAAAGGAUGGUUGAUUCAGAGUCAGAACUUUAGACUAGUAGUAUGA